UCAGUGUCAGAAGUGGCCAAAGAGUGUCUCAAAGUAUCACCGAAACAGUGGACAGCACUGGAAGUGGUGGCGGAUGUGACUAAACCGGAAGACUUGCGACGACUUGUGGACACAACUGUCCAACACUUUGGAAAACUCGAUGUUUUGGUGAACAAUGCCGGCGCCGGUAUUGUGGCUAAAAUUGGUGAUAAAGAUUACAACGAGAAAUACGUGCAAACAAUGCAAUUAAACCUCAAUUCUGUGGUCUAUUUAACGCAUAUAUGUGUCGAGCAUUUGGCGAAAACCAAAGGCAAUGUUAUCAACAUUUCAAGUCUCGCCGCACUGUUUGGCGUUCGUAUAGUCCCUGGUCAUUCAUCCUUUUGUAUGGCUAAGUGUGCGAUGGAUAUGUUCACCAAAUGUAUGGCUACAGAGUUGGCACCCAAACGUAUCCGCGUUAAUGUCAUCAACUGUGGUCCUAUUCGUACUGGAGAAAACGAUGAAAAGUUAUUGAAUGCAUCAAAAUUAACCACGCUAAGUCGUAUAGGCGUACCUGAGGACAUGGGCAACGCUAUCUCAUACCUGGCCAGUGACCAUGCUGCUUUCAUCACCGGCACUAAUCUUGUUGUGGACGGUGGGUUUUAGACCAACCCAUGUUAGCCCUCUCGCAUAUAUCUU